AUGAACUAACUGACUUUGCUGACAAGUCAAAGUUCAUGCAGUGAAAACAGAAAGGCCACUAACCUCUCGAGCAAGUGUCUAACACGAGCUCACUAAAACCAAAGCAACCAUGGAGUUGCAAGCCAACACGUGGAUUUAAUUUAUUGACAAGUGUCCUUUGGAACGACGCACUCUGGUCGACGUAAGAGCAGUUUGUGUCCUCCUCCUGCUCGCUCCGGACUAGGCUUUCACGAUGAUGACAUCCGGAAAAACUCUUCAAAAGCGGAUCUACACCAUCCUCGGGGACCGGAGCAUCUUACUGACCCUGAUUGUCGUGUCGGGAUUGGUCUUGGUGUCGUUGUUUCAAUUCGGCGAGGCCUGGUUGGAAUGGAGUGCGGACAAAUACGAAGCCGUGUUCAAUUCCUUUUCGGAUAAUCUCAUAGGAAAAUCACUCCAAUCGAAAUUGUGCCAAUACGUGCCCGUGGAUGUGGUCUACACAUGGGUAAACGGCUCGAAUCCGGAAUUCCUUGAAGACCUCAAGCAUGCCAAGGAAGUACUAGCCAAUAGCCAAGGACGAGUUAUCCUGAGAGGCUGCCCGUACUCGAAUUGUGUGCCAGCCCACAUUUUGGCCAUGGAGCAACAAAUUCGAACGGGUAUCAAAGUGAGAAAUCUGAUCGAGGACAACACGUUCUUAGAGAACCUAAGCGAGGUUCUCAAUCACAAUCUCGUUUGCGGCAAGCACAUGGAAAAUCGAACUCUGCUCUAUUUCAAAAAUGCCGCUUUGGCCAUCUCUGCUUUUAACACCAGUAGAUCCAUAACCGUAGGCCUGAAAGAAAUGCCGCUACAUAAAAGUUAUUGGACGUCAGAAUGGACCGUACCCAACUCGUUUCCCAUGGAGAACUAUGUUCUGAUUGAAAGACUUCCCAACACGGUGACCGAAACGAAGCUUCGCAAUGUGCUGCCCAAUGAUAUUGAUAAGGUUGUCGAUCUUUUAUGGGUCUACCCGGAGAAUGGCAUAGCCGUCAUCCAUAGUGAAAACCAAACCGCCCUGAAGCUAUUCAAGGAAUCGACUAGAACCAUCAAUAUUGGAGGUGACGCUGAGAUAUCAAUUCAUCCAGCUCAUUUGAUUGUUCAGUUGCCCAAAUACGCGGAUGACGAGACCCACACCCCAAAUCGAUUUGCCGAUUUCGAGCAACUCCGAUAUUCGUUACGUUCUCUGGAAAAGUACGCCCCUUGGGUGCGUCAAGUGUUCCUCGUGACCAAUGGUCAGAUCCCGCAUUGGAUUGACAUGGAUCACCCCAAAUUAACUGUGAUUUCACACGAGGAAAUAUUUGAAGACACUGACAUCUUGCCCACCUUCAGUAGUCCGGCCAUUGAGGCCCAUCUUCAUCGGAUCCCUGGAUUGUCCGAGCGAUUUUUAUACAUGAAUGAUGACGUGAUGCUCGGCAAGGAGGUCUGGCCGGAGGAUUUCGUAACUGAUGACAAAGGAUUUAAAAUAAGAUUCUCCUGGGAUCUCCCCGAUUGCAAUGAAGGCUGUCCCUCUACCUGGAUCAACGACGGGUACUGUGAUUUCAAGUGCAAUGUGACUGAAUGCGGUUUUGACGGUGGAGAUUGCAUUGGAGAAGAUAUCAAAUCAGGCUUUGGACAUCCUAACGGAGGUCAUUUCGGCCAUUGGAAUGGCAACGAUGAGAGCGCUUGCUCAAUGGAUUGCUUUGAAGACUCUUUGGGUGAUGGGUUCUGCGACGAAUCGUGUAACGUUCCAGAUUGCGGCUUCGAUGCGGGUGAUUGUGGGACAGCACAUUUUUCGUACUUACACAAGGUGCCUUACAAAUUCGAUCGGAACAUACGAGAACAUUCAGUGGCAUUACCCAAGGGUACCACCGUGGCCUACUGGGAUUUUGCAGAGUUAGUUCGCAUCUCCGAAAGCGUAAUGCUGAAUUCGGUUGACAACUACAUGCCAGUACGAAGCAUUGCUUUUCUCGACGAGUAUCAUUCCCUUAUCCUCGUUUUGAGGGAAAACAUGACCUCGGACCUUUUGACCGUGGAGAUUGAGGCCAAAAUCAACCAAACCGUAAUCAACGAGUUAUUCUUCAUUAGCUUUGACACUUAUGGCCAUGUGCGAACCUCGGGGAGUGAGAGUGGCUUGAUUGGAAAUCCCCCUGAACCUGAUGCAAGGCAAAAUGACGGUCAGCUCCCAAAGGAAAUCGAAGACACCUUAGGUGGUCAGGAAGAAACUGAGCUCGUUGUAGAUCUCAGUGAUGUCAAUGCAGACUUGUUGGAUCUCAGUGACGCGGAUCGCGCUCACCUAAAGACAUUGCAGACCCAACUGGACCAAGAAGAGAUUACUCAAAAAGGAUUCAAUAUCAAGCGAACCGCUCUCAUCCAGCCCUAUGUUCGACGCCAUCUCGUGCAAGGAGGGACCCUGUCCGAUGUUAAGAAGUCCAGCCACGCCAAUGCAACGCUCGAUGAAAUUACGGUGGCAAAAGAACCGGAGGACGAGUCAGCUUGGCAGGUGCUCGCUACCCCUGAUGAUCCUGUGGAGCAGAAUAUCUACGGGCAUCGUCAAAUCUUGAAUUCGUACGCUGCCAGUCUGUUGACCGUUCAAAAACUGUACAGCCAUGAAUACGGCCCCAAGAACCGCAGAGUUCCCUCGCACACGCCGCAUUUCAUUGACAAAUCCAUCUUUUCCGCCAUGACGGCCAAAUUCAGAGAGCCGUGGGCCGCUACUGCUCGUCGAAAGUUUCGCAACGAGAACGACAUGCAGUUCUCGUUCGCCUAUUUCCACUUUCUCAUAAGCGAAAUGAAGAACUUCGACUUGCAAGAAGUGUUCAAUCAAUUCGACACGGAUGUCUCGGGGACGUGGUCGGACCGCGAGAUCCGAACCCUACUUACCCGCAUGUACAAUCUGCCACUGUUCCUGGACACUGUCCGAGACUUCGAGGCACGCAUCAACGAUUGCGCAAGCCAACUCCCAGCAUCGGUCUCCAAAGUGAAGAUGCCGAUCAACGAUCGAUACUACGACUCUCACCUACCCGCGGUGACCUUUGAAUUGAUCGCCAAUUGUCCAUCCGUGGUCGAGGAACUCAAGCUCCAUUUCGCCAAUCGCCAUCUCCACAAGCAUACCAUUUUGGAGGACACGGAUGUAGCUUUCAAGCAAUUGACCUCCAAUUUAAGCGAUGUGGUGAAAGACCUGGACGACCUCCGGAGGAACCAGUUCAAGUUCAUUUGCCUCAAUGACGAUAUGGAUAGUAAUCGGAUCGAGGACAACGCCAAGGUACAGAUGUUUCUGUGGGACUUUUACGAGUCGAUCCUACCCGUUCCAAGCCAGUUUGAACUUCCCAUGGAGUAUCAGAAUAAAUUCACUCGUUUGGCAGAUCUCCGAGAGUGGCAGUGGUUCCGAACGGCCUUCAAAUUCGCCGCAGUCGCGAUCUUCAUAUUGCUUCUGGCCAGCAUGUUGACCAAUGUUCUCAAUGUCGGCUUCAGAGAGUUGUUGAUGAUGCCGAUACACAAAGUGCUCCCGUCCAAGCCCAAAUCCACCAAAAGUACUGUGUGAUCAAUGAAAGGAACGAAGUAUUACCAAGUCCAAACAUUCCAUGAUUGCCUUUUCACCUUUUCAACACUGUGAUAUCUCGUUACUUAUUUGCCUGACUGCAUAUGCUUGUCCGAGCCCGCCAUUCCCUUCUAGUGUGUAUAUGUUGUCUGUAGACUGUGUCUGGUUUGUUGCGUUUACAUGAAACGACAAUGUACAUAAGUUUGAUUAGAUCCAUGAUCUCGGUCUCAUUCAUUAAGCGGUCAAAUUCUCUCGGAUGAAUAAGAACUUGAUGUGCUUGACACUCCUGACGACA